CUGUUUUUCAUCUCAUUUUCAUGAAGCAAUGGUAGCAAAUUGAUUUUAAAUUAUAUUAUUCUAUAUAAUAAUAUUCUCCAAAUCUGCACAUAAUCUUAAACCCUAGUAUUUCAUGCCCACUGGAAUCCACUUGAACUGGAAAGAACUACCCAAGAAAAAACAUGUUGUAGAUACAGACAUAGCCUCUUAUUUAUGCUAAUUAAUCUGAUACCCAGGGAUUUCUGAAAAGGCCUCACUCUUGUUUAAAACUAAAUCCACAGAGUUACCAGAGUCUGAUAUGAGUAAUAAGAUAUCAUCUGCGUACAGAAAUAAUUUAUGUUCACAACCCCCACCCCAUCCCCUGUAACACCUGUGUCCGCUUUUUUCUGCAGUUAGUGGUUCUUGAAAUAAAACAAAAGGCCUAGGACAGAGAGGAUCUCCUUGUUUUGAACCCCUCGUCAGGUUUAAGGAGGGGGGCAUCAUUCCAUUAGUUAAAACAGAUGCUGUAGGUGAUAAAUAAAUUACCGUAGCCCAUUUUAUGUGGAAAGUCCCCUUUACCCUAUUGAAAGCCCUUUCGGUGUCGAGCAACUGUAACAGUGCAUCAUCCCUUCUGUAAGAUCAUUUGAUAACAAAAAGCAGUCUAUGCUUGAAUGUCAUUUAUGAUUGUGUGAGUAAAAGGUAUAUUUUUUGUCUCUGGGGUUUAUCAGUCUCCAGAUAAGAUCAAGGCCUUGAUCCUUAAUCAGUAAAUGUAUAGACUAUCUAUCUUUUGGUACAUUAGUGGUGGGAGAAGUUUUAUCUACAAUCCCAUCUUGCACCUGGUUGAAAUCACCUGCGAUUAUUGUAUGGUAGGGUGACCACCCGUCCCGCGUAGCGCGUGCGCACAGUGUUUGAAGCCCAAUUCAUGCGUCCCGCAAAUUGAGACCGUGUCACGCAUAAUCAAUGCUUGCUCAAAAAAAAAGUUGGUCACUCUAUAUCCUCGAGCCCCAGGCACCAAAACGAACAUUACUUGACAGUUCAGCACGCUACUGUUGCCACACCCACGUGACCCACCCCUCUGUUGAACUGCUGACUAGGUUGUUGUCAACUUUUUUGUUGUUGACAUGACAGCGCACGCAUGUGCAUACCAGACACUCUGGGAAGGAACUUUUAGAUGCGCGCUUUCCAAUUCGAAAAAUGGAGAAAGAGACUGAGUCUGAGGCACCGCCAUCAUCAAUUAAAAAGAGAAGGUGUGGGUACAAGAAAGACUGGGAAAAUGAAUAUUUGUGGCUGAAAGGUGUUGAGGGGGAUACCGAGAGGGCUUUUUGUGACCUUUGCAAAACGUUCUUCUCAAUCGUCCAUGGAGGGUAAUACAAUGUCAAACGACAAAGACUCGACGGAGACUCACAAGAAACGUGUCCAACAGAAAGAGACAUCCAAAUCUAUGGAUGCUUUCCUGCGACCUAAAAACGACUUUCUAGCUGACAAAGUGACUGCUGCAGAGGUGACGAGUGUGUAUCACACUGUCCAACAUAAAUUACAUCAUAUCGAGCAGGAGAUUGUGGCACAAAGCUAGCCCCAAAGAUUUAUCUGGACUCUGGUCCGGAUGAAGGCAGAAGCCAUUGUCAUGAAUGUGCUUGCCCCUGCCUCUGUUGAAGAUUGCUUGAAAGUCCUCAGAAAACCACUGAAUGAGCAACGAGAGGCAACAACCAAAGCCCACACGCCAUUCUUCUCAGUGGCUUCAGAUGCCUCCAAUCAUGGGACCACCAAGCUCAACCCACUGUCAGUGCGUUACUGGACGCCAGACUUGGGAGUACAAACGAAGGUCCUUGAUUUCUAUGAUGACAGUGAUGAAACAUCUGCCGCGAUCAACAACCAGAUAGUCACCAAGCUGGAGGAAAACGGACUGGGAUUAGACAUGUUAUCUGCAUAUUCCGCUGACAGUGCUAGUCUGAAUUACGGGAGACACAACUCUGUCUUCCAGAAACUGAAAGAGAACAACAAUUGCAUUUUGAAGGCAAACUGUGUGGCCCACAUCGUUCACAACAGUGCAAAACACGCAGGAGAUCGGCUAAAUAUUGACAUCGAAAAUGUCUUCAACAAGACCUUUAGCCACUUCUCCUCAUGUGCCAAACGCAUUGAGGAACUUAAGUCAAUUCACACCUUUGUGGAGAUAGAGUACCAGUCCCUGCUUUUUUUUUUUCAUCUAAAUAUUAUUACAUGA